UGGGCAUGGCCUUCUCGCUUUCCCUCAGGCUGGAUGAGUCGAUUUGGGAUGAAGUCCUGGCCCCCUAACUCUGCAUUUGGGGAAUAGGGGCUGGGGACAGGCAUGCCAGAGAUCCCUGUUACAAAAGUAUUUUUUGAGGGUGUUGAAAUGGGAGAAGAGCGUUUCCCUUUGGUGUGACAGCUAUUCUGCCUUCCCCAGUUACACCAGCUGUUGUAUGGGGCAGCUGCUUGGUGGCGUGAGGCAGCUGUCCGCAGCUUGUAAUGAUGCAGCUCCAUCCCGGCAAGCUCAUCUCGGGUGGGCUGGAGGGAUGAUAGGUUCCCCCUUUGCAGUGCUACCCCCCAGUGGGCCAGGACCCCCAUCCCUUCUGGGGUGUUGUGCCCUUCCUGGGCAAGGCUGUGGCUAGAUUCAGACUGACUCUGUGAUAACCCUGGUAAUGCGUACAGCCUUUCCUCUUAGCAGCCCCUACUGCACGUUUCAGAGAAGAUCUUGCUCUUGUAAUCAGGCUUUCUUCUCCAAGUUGCUUUCCUAUGCUUAAGGAGGCUUUGGAGUUUUACCCCGCUUCUGGUAUCUUCUGUGAUCUCCUUUUCCUGUAGCUCUGAUUUGGUCCCUGAGAGCAUGCUCUCUCUCUACUAGAAGCAGAGGCUCUGACUACUUCGGAGAAGCCAUAGUGGCAACUCUGCAGCUUUGCUGCAGAGAUUUACUAGAGUAAAUGAAGCUGCAGAGUCUCAGACGCAGCUGCGUUGUCACUCCUCUGCCUGUGGCCUCCCUUCUCCGAGAGGGAUGGUGCCAGCAGAUUGCUCCUACACAGUAUGUUUAUCUGUGCGCUCUCUGGAAGGAGCAGUGUUAGAUUACGAGUGAAGCCUCCCAGGCAAUUUCGUGCUUUUGCUGGAACUGUUUUGCAAGUGUGUUUGUGUUGGAAGGAAACAGUUCUUCUGAGGAGAUAAAUUCUGUGUGGUGAAGGAGUGCACGCUUACUUUUUCUCCCUAGUUAACUAACUUGGAGAAGGACUAUCACUUGCAGCUGUGAUGGUCACUUCUUAACCAAAGGCACAGCUAGGGCUUGUUCUUGUCUAACAGUCGACAGAGGAGGGAGAGCCAGCAUCCAAGCUUAAUCUCCUAGGUCCAAAUUGUCACCCUGCUCCAAAGAUAAACUGUUCUGAGUGAGAUGUGAAGGCUUGGUUGUGAAAUGCAUUAGUAGCUCUCCUGGGGAGCUUCAAAAGCUUGUAUUCAUCAUGUCUAGCAGAGACUGGCUCAGUCUCCUUCGUUCUGAUGCGUGGGGGCAACAUGCAUGUUUGAAGUUGGGUGGCACCCUUUGGAGUUGGCCAAACUGGUAACCUCUCAGCUGUCAUGUCCUGAUAUAGCAGCUCUGGUACUGCUCUGUGUGUCAAUCCAUCCACUCCUGUGUUGUUCAAGGACUUUCUUCCUGGGAGAGCUGAGCUACGUAGAAAACCUGCCCUGGUAAAGAGAUAAGCUUGCAUGCUAAAUUCAGCGGGGAAUUGUCUCCAAGAUGAAGGUGGAGUGCGCAUGCUGGAACAUGUAGUUCCCAUUAGCUGCACCUCUGCACUAAAUGUUUAGAUUUCUGUUUUUAGCUUAUAAAAAGGAGAUACAGCUUUCUGUCUCUCUUGGUGAGUUGCUGGGGUGUGGCCCAUGGGAGCAGUGCUCCUGAAUUGUAAGGACUCACCGUGUGUUUUCUUUUCCUUCCUCAGUCUCAUUCAGUGGUUUGAUACAGCACCAAGCCGGACUUGUCCUCAGUGCAGAAUCCAGGUCAGCAAAAGACACAUCAUCAAUAAGCUGUUCUUUGAUGUUGCCCUGGAGGAGCAGACAGCGCUGGAUGCAGAGAGCUUACAGAAUGAACUGGACAAGACAAAGGCUCAGCUCUCCAUGAAAGAGAAAGAGAAGCGGGAAUGCCAGGCUGUCGUGGAUGGGCUGAGGGACACUCUGGAUGUGCGCAACGCCACAAUAGAGUCACUCCAGAAGGUGCUGGGAGAGACGGAGAUGCUGUGUUCCUCUCUGAAGAAACAGAUGAAAUUCCUGGAACAGCAGCAGGAGGAUAACAGAAGUUCAAAGGAGGAGGCCCGCCGUCUGCGAAACAAACUGAGAACCAUGGAGCGGAUUGAACUGUUGCUUCAGAGCCAGCGCCCCGAAGUGGAGGAGAUGAUUCGAGAGAUGGGAGUUGGGCAGGCAGCAGUGGAACAGCUUGCAGUCUACUGUGUCUCACUGAAAAAGGAAUAUGAAAACUUAAAGGAGGCUCGGAAGAUCUCUAGUGAGAUGACAGAGAAGCUGAAGAAGGAAGUGUUUUCUGUCAGUAGCAAGCUGCAGAAAACAGUCUCAGAGUUGGAGAAGACAAAGGAGGAGUUAAAAAGCACCCAGAAGGAUCUGAAGAAUGCAGAUAAGGAGAUCUUGAGUUUGAAGAAGAAGAUAGAAAUCCUGCAGGAUACUCUGAAAGUGCCAUCUGUAACCAGAGAGACACUUAGCCGACUAGUCUUUGAAAGCCCCACUCCCGUGGAACUGCGGCACCCGAAGCUCCAUCGCCCGGCCCACAGCGAUGAGAUCAAUCUGGAUGCCACUUUUGAUGUGGAUACCCCUGAACAUCAGCCCUGCAGAUCUCUUUCCAGCCCUGCAAAAAGACAGAAGCUGGAUAAAAAGCCGCCUCCUGUGGUAAAUCUGACAAAGAAAGUUCUGAAGGAAACAGUGGAGAACUGGGCAGAUGACUUGGAGGAUGAGACUCUUAAAGGACUCCUGCCAGCGUUCAUCAGGAACUCUGUUCUAUCGAAGAAGCCAUCCUCGGGUAGCUUGCUGGGUCCCCACAAGCACGUGGGCACUGUAAGGAUGGGGUAUGACGGCUUGGGAGGCAGAACGAAGUUCAUACAGCCUACAAACCUAACAGAAAUCCGUCCGACAGCAGUGAGGAGCAAGAGGAAGAAUGUCUCCAGGUCAGUGUGUGCUGCUCCUUCAGCAUCUUCUUCCAGCAGCAGCCAAGUCAAACUGGACAGCUUCCUGCAGUGAGAUGCCAUAUCUUUCCUGGGAGCUGGCCAGCAAGGAGGAUGGAGAGCAUUUGCCCGCAGCCUGGGCACACAGCUAUGUGCAGCCACUGCCAUGCAGAGGACUGGCGUUGUUUGCAAAGCCCCAGUGCUGUGUGGUGGGUGAGACAAGCUGCCCUGGGGAGAAUCCUAGCGUUGUAGCAAGCCAACAGGAGACCAAGCCUCUGGUUAGUGUUUGGACUGGUUUAUGCCCCUUUUACCCAAGUAUGUUUCCUUCCUUUUUACUGCAGAAUAAACAAGGAUUUUCUCAUUGUUUGGCCUGCUCAGAGCUCUGCAGUUGCUGCUGUUAUUGGGCUCUCUGACUUAAGGCUGAAGUGUGCUCCUUGAAUGCAGCUGCAAGCUAAAGAUGCAGGGAGAAUAUCUGAUAUGUCAAUCUGGAGCCUCCAUUGAGAGGCAAGAGCAGAGAGAAGGAACCUGUACCAACUCUAUGCCUCCUGCAAAUAAUUCAAAGAAAAGACUUCCCACAGGAAGAAGUGUGGUUCUUCUCGAUUUUCAAGAUGAGUUUCUACUCCUAAAUGGAUAUAGAGUUCGGACAUGCAAUCUGCUACCUUCCCUCCAUCAGCCUUGGCACCUUCAGAGGAGGUCAGAGACUGCUUUGAGAGGAGGUGGGGAGUGCUGCCCUCUUCCGAGUGUGUGGUUUCAGCCAGGGGAGCAUGCACAGGGCAAAGCAGGCUCUGGUCUGUAUUGCUGCAGAGUGGCUGUAUGUUCGUUAUCUCAAAUUCAUUACCUUCCCUCCAUUGCAGGCCUGGGUUGGGGAGAACUGCGGACAAGCCUGGAGCAUGUUCUGCAUUGCCCUGGUUUGAGGCAUGGAAGUCCACUGUGCUUUUCCAGACUUGUGACUCUGUGCACUAAAUGACUGGCUUGGAAAGAUGUGUGCUGGGGUGAUCCCCAUGCCCCAUUUGGAAAGGGGGAGAUCGGUGUACUGCUGUGACCUGUUUUUAGCAGAUGUUGGAGAAGAACACUUUUGUAUGACUUCUGUUUUUUAAGUGAGACUGUAGGGGCUUUCUUCUUUUGAAACUGAUCUGCCUAGUGAUUUGAGGGUUAGAAAAAAAUACAGUCUGAAGUGUUGGAGCUUGGCUCUGUUCAGAGGGAGGGGGAAACUGGGGCUGAAGUUGAACCUGUCUGGUGUUCCUUAGCCAGAGACAGACAGGAGCUCCCCAGUUGUCUCUUGCCCUGUGGCUGCAGCAGGUGCAGUAGAGCCAUUCGAGCUGGACACAGAAAUGACUGAGGUACGUUGCUAGAGAACCUUGUGCCGUACAAAUCUGAUGUUUCCUAUUUCCAGCUGCCGCAAGCUGGAAGCCUCAAUACCUAUGUUGGCUAAAAAUAUGUCUUUAAGGAAUAAAAUAUUCUGCUUUGCACACUUGUUA